AUUAUCAUUGUGAAUGCUGGAGAGGAUGUUCCUAUGAAGAUAAUGUCAUUUUGUCAGCAAGGACCAGAAGCUAUAUGCAUUCUAUAUGUAAAUGGAGUCAUAUCAAAAGUCGUCAUUAGUCGACCUCAAUCGUCUCGAACAUUAUUCACAUAUGAGGUGAAGCUUCACGGUAGAUAUGAAAUUCGAACUUUAUCUGGCUCAUUCAUGCCAAAGGAAAAGUGCGGAAGGCGAAGUAUAUCUGGUGGCAUGAGUGUUUCUUUGGUGGAUCUACAUGGACAUGUUGUUGGCGGUCGCGUAGCUGGUCCAUUGGUGGCUGCAAGUCCUGUAAAUGUAGUGGUAGGCAGUUUUCUGCCAAGUGAACAUGAGCAGAAGCUAAAAACACAGAAUAAUGAGGUAAUUUCAACUCCAGCUGCUCCCAUGUCUACUGCUGGUCCAAAUACCUAA